AUGUCUUUUGACGAAUUUCAUAAAAUUAAUGAUACUAAAUUACUCGAGGAAGUCACAAAGAUUUGUGCAGAGUUCGAAGUGACUGCCGAUCAAUUGAAAGACAUGACUAGUUAUUUCAUCGAACAAAUGGAAAUAGGGUUAGCCAAUAACAAUAAUAAUGAAGGGAUGAUCAAUGGGAACAAUGCUGGUUUAGCAAUGAUUCCUUCUUAUGUUACUUCAAAACCAAAUGGUACAGAAGAAGGUUUAUUCAUGGCUGCUGUUCUUGGUGGGAUGAAUUUCAGAAUUUGCUCAGUUCAAUUGAAUGGUGAUCAUACUUUCAAUAUUAAACAAGCAAAGACUAGAAUCCCAGAGUAUUUAAUGGAAGGUACUGAUGCAACAAGUGACGAUUUAUUUGGAUUUUUAGCUCGUAGAACAAGCGCAUUUAUUAAUAAAUUCCAUUCAGAUAUUAUGAAACCUGAUACUCCAUUAAAAUUAGGAUUCACUUUUUCAUACCCUGUGGACCAAGAAUCAUUAAAUUCAGGUACUUUAAUCAGAUGGACCAAGGGUUUGAACAUUCCUGAUACUGUCGGGAAGGAUGUUGUUCAAUUAUAUCAAGAACAAUUGACUAUAGUCGGAUUGAAUAUGGUUAAUGUUGUGGCUCUAACCAAUGAUACUAUCGGUACUUUCUUAUCCUUAUGUUAUGCUCAAGGGAUUACUUCCGACGGUCAAGUUACCGGUGAAAUUAGUGAACCUGUUAUCGGUUGUAUCUUUGGUACAGGUACCAAUGGUUGUUAUAUGGAAAAAAUUGAAAACAUUAAAAAAUUACCAGAUUAUAUUAGAGAAAGAUUAAUUCAUGAGGGGAAAACUGAAAUGUGUAUUAAUAUCGAAUGGGGGUCAUUUGAUAACGAUAAUCAAGUAUUACCAACUACACGUUAUGAUAUUGAUAUUGAUAAGAAAUAUGCAAGAAAUGGUGGUCAAUUGUUUGAAAAACGUGUCUCAGGGAUGUUUUUAGGGGAAAUCUUAAGAAAUGUUCUUGUAGAUUUACAUUCAAGAGGUUUAAUCCUAACGCAAUUUAGAAAACAUGAACAAUUACCACAUAGACUAAAGACUCCAUUCCAAUUAUCAAGUGAAGUUCUUGCUAGAAUUGAAAUUGAUGAUUCUUCAACUUUAAGAGAAACUGAAUUAUCCUUUUUACAGUCUUUGAGAUUACCAACAACUUUAGCUGAACGUAAAGCUAUUCAGAGCUUAGUAAGAGUAAUCUCAAGAAGAUCUGCUUAUUUAGCUUCAGUUCCAAUCGCUGCAAUCUUAAUUAAGACUGGUGCUCUAAAUAAGAAGUACCACGGUGAAGUCACUGUUGGUUACGAUGGAUCUAUUAUUGAACUAUAUCCAGGUUUUAAAUCAAUGAUGAGACAAGCUUUAGCAAUGGGCCCAAUUGGUUCCGAAGGGGAAAGAAAGACACAUUUUGUGCAUUCUAAGGAUAGUGGUUCCGCAGGUGGUGCUCUUUGUGCUUUAGUUGCAUGA